CCCACCCACCACCAUUUCCCAAUCUCCACUAACCAAAAUCAUGAAGCCACUCCCUCCUCCUUAGCCUUCUCAACCUCCACCACCUCCAAUCUCCACCCACCUCUCUCUCUCUUCUCCCCUCUCUCUAAACCUUAAAAAACUAAACCAAAAUGCUUCGAAAAAAGAUGGUGAGUUUCAAAGAGCUAGCAAAGAAAGUGAAGGUCAUGGGAGGAGCUGAGAGAGAGCCAUCACACCAUGAGUAUCUGCUGAGGAAUUCAGAGCAAGGAGGCUCUCCGUCGGCGCAAACGCGGACUGGGUUUUUGGCCCUGUAUGUAGGGGAGGAGCGCCAGAGGUUUCUGGUGCCAACAAGCUCCCUUUCUCAUCCACUCUUCAAGAUGCUGCUGGAGAAAGCUUACAACGAGUACGGCUUUCAGCAGAGAUAUGGGCUUGUGGUGCCCUGCAGCGUCUCAGCUUUUGAGGAGGUUUUGAAUGCUGUGGAAUGCAGCAACGGCAAGUUUGAUUUUGGUGAACUUGCUGAGGAGUUUAUUUCAUGAGUAAAAAAUAUGUGUUUUCUUUUUGUACGAGAAAUACUGAAAGAGAGAUAAAUCGAAAUCGAGACCUCAAGUGCUAGUAACAUAGGGUGAUCGGGCCAGGCCGAGUCAGAAAGGUUUUGAUUGCAUGAGGUGAAUACUCUUAAUUAAACUGAACUACGAGCCGUUAAAAGUAAAGCGUUAUGUUUAGAUGCUUUUUUUUAUUAGUGAUAGUGUUUAGCUUAGUGAUUAUGGGUUUAUAAUUUCAAGUAUGUACUAGAAUAUGUUCGUAUUACAUAUUAAACAUUGCUCACUAUGUUCCUUAAUCUCUCUUAAUACAAUUAAUUGAAAUUCUCAGUUCAACUUCUACAAUUUGACCUCUAAGUUGUGGUCUUUAGAACGAAGGACAAGACAAUUGACGUGGCAAACCUACUUUUCCUUCCACAUCAACAUUUUAUCUUCCAAAGGAUGAAGGCAAGCGUCUAAAGGAAAUUUGCCUCAACGGGUUUAGCGGCAAGGCAACACAUUGCUUUGUUGACAAGGUGAAGGCAAAUAGAGACCCAUUUUUUAUAUUAUUAUUUAGAACAUGAUUUAUAUGUAUGUCAUGAAGCGACGUUGUCUGGGUGUUUGGUUAAGAAAAAUGACUUUUGCACUCUCAUUUCAUUCUCCUAAACGUUUUGCCUGUUUUUGUCUAUUGAUUUAUUGCUGAUU